CUCGCCCUGCCUCCAGCCUCCUCUGGCCCGCCGUCUCUCUCUGGCUCUCUCCCUGGGUCCCUGGCCUCCCCUUUCUCGGCCUGCCGGCUCGGCUCACUCCAGGGCUAGGCUGGGGCCGGUGCUGCGCCCCACAGACAGACUCCGGACCGACUGACCAGGCACCAGCUAGCGGAGCAGCCCGUCACCAUGGACCCCCCAUCCCUGGACACAGCCAUUCAGCACGCCCUGGCCUGCCUCUAUCCCCCGUUUGAGGCCACGGCGCCCACCAUCCUGGGGCAGGUCUUCCGACUCCUGGAUUCUGACUUCCAAGGGGAUGGGCUGAGCUUCCUCUUGGAUUUCCUCAUUCCUGCCAAGCGCCUGUGUGAGCAAGUGCGAGAAGCAGCCUGUGCCCCGUACACACACUGCGUCUUCCUGCAUGAGGGCUGGCCCCUGUGCCUGCGGGACGAGGUCGUGGUGCACCUGGCCCCACUCAAUCCCCUCUUACUGCGUCAGGGAGACUUCUACCUCCAAGUGGAGCCCCAGGAGGAGCAGUCCGUCUGCAUCACGGUCAAGUGCCUCUCCUUGGACCUCCGCACGGUGGACGCAAAGCCUGUUCCUGCAUCAUCCUACCCCGUACUUUUCACCCAAACGUGGCUGGAGGCCAUCAACAGUGACUCUGAGGGCAGUCCCCUGCACAGCUGCCUCGUAGCUUCAGAAGACGGGGUUGCCCCUGUGCCCUGGGCCAAGAUAGCCAGUCCAGAGUUCGUGGAUGACAGACCCCAUGCAGCGAAUGUCCUCUCCCCAGCUUGGGCGUCCCUUGAAUUAGAGGCCCUUGAUUUGAGCAGCCCCCCAGAGCUCCAUCAGCCUCGGCCCUCAGGCAGCCAGGUGCUGCUUGCUUGGAGCUUGGCCAAGGGCAAGGGCAGGACAUCCAGGAACAAGUACCCAGGACUCAUCAAGGUGGAACAAGCCAGGCCUGGGGAGGUGGCCCUUAGGAAGGACGACGUGGCCAGCCAGGACUUAGAGGGAGACUAUGUGGCCCUCCUGGAGAGCAGUAGGAAAGUGAAGACGUCCUGUGGGUGUCCCUUGGGGGCUCUGGAGGAACCAGCCAGAACUAAGGAAAUCCCUUUCUCUCAAAGGAUGCUGCCUUUCUCGGGGGCCUCUGGGGGGCCUUCCUUGGAAAAAUGGGCUUGUGAGAAGCCGGCAAGCUCAGAAGAGGAGCCCUGCAGGUUGGGCUUGAGGAGAGAGGUCAACUAUACUUUUAACUCACCUGCUCGUGACUCAGAACACCAGCCCCAGGAGCCCUACGUCAACAUCCUUGAGAAGCCACUGCCCUGUGCCUCUGGCCUUGAGGCAGGGGGUUCCGAGGACCCAGCUUCCUCCAAGAUGCAGGAACCUCUGGGAAACCCAGAAAAUAUGGUUCAACUCAGGCCUGAACCAAAACGAGCAUCCUCCCUGCACCUGUGCUCAGCUUCCCCACCUGCUGCUCCCGGCCCUGAAACCAAGAUGGAAGAGAGGGCCAAGCAGGGGCACAGGAGGCUUCCCGAGCCUGAGACUGGCCCCCGUCAGAGCACCUCCUCUUCCAGAUCCCCUGCUCCUGGGCUCAGAGUCUCCGUCUUGAAAGGGCAGAGGCAAGCUUCGGGGCCCCCAGAGAAAGCCUCCCUCCGGCACGACAGGCCCUGGAAAGUCUUGCGUUUGCUCUCCUCUCCCAAACCCAACCGAUCCAAGUGCUUGGGGAAAGCUGGAACAACUCAGACCAAAACAUCUGGUCCAGCUGCUGACUCAGGCCCACCAACUGGGGAAAAGGCCGGCUUCCCAGAAGUCAUUCCAGAAACAGACCCCCCUCUGGAUGAGGACACCCCAGGGCCUGAGCCUGGGAUUGAGGCUCUGAGUGUGGAAAUCCUCCAGUCGAGGAUAGCAUGCCUGCCAGGUGGUCAGGACAGGGCUGGCAGGCGCCUGCUUCUGGUGUCAACAGCUGAGGGGACCUGGGAGGCACCGUGGUGCACCAUCUCUGAAGUCACCAAGCUGUUUUCCUACCUGUGCACCGUCCCCAGGCCUGAAGAUAAAACCAAGGGGCUGGCAGUUGUGAUUGAUGCCCGGAAACAGCCUCCACACCCUGGUCUGGUCAGUGCCCUGCAGGCCACCCAGGCUCUGGCCCCAGCCUCCAUCCGCGCUGUGUUCUACCUCGGAGACAAGGAGGCCGCUCUCCAGCCCGAAACGUUACCUGGCGUCCAGGUAGAAGUGGUGACCUCACUGGGAGCUCUCCACCGCCACGUGGACCCCAGCCAGCUGCCCGCAGCCCUGGGAGGCCCCUUCCCCUACUGCCACAGCGAGUGGGUGCAAUUUUUCCAGAAGCUGGACCCUUUCCUUGCUGACCUGCACCAGGUUUCCUCCUUGCUAAAGGCUUCCAUCCAGCAGUUUGAGAAGAGUGACCCUCCUGGAGGGGUGCAGGAAGCCUCCAGGUGUCUGAGCAAGUCCAAAGAGCUGAUGGAGACGGUGCUGAGGGACCGAGGCCUGCUGGGCCUCCAGCGGGAAGGGGGAGCCACUCUGGCCUGGCUACAGCAGGAAGCUGGGAGGCUGGACUUCAACCCUGAUGUCAGGAGCCGUCUGGCUGAAGCUGUCGCCUGGUACAGCCUCAUGGACGAGCAGCUGCAUGUCCUGGUCACUGCAUCUAACCACCUCCUGGAGCGCCUGGAGCUCCGCGUCCGCCUCGGCCACCUGGAAGCCGCCAUCCACCAGGUCAGCAACUGGAUGGAGCAGGAGGGGAGCCAGUGCCUGCAAGUGCUAACGCCCAAAGACAGAAGCUUGGAGACUGUGGAGAAAGCCCACGCGGAGUUUGAGGACUUCUUCCUCCAGGCUGCAGCCCAGUACCGCCAAGGCCUGGAGCUGUCCAAGCGGGCAGCUCAGCUGGGGGCCGCAGCUGGAGCGGCGGGGGGAGCGCAGUGCCCGGAGCUGGCCGCCUUCGCCUCCACCCAGCGGGCCUUCCAGGCCCAGCUCACCCACUUCUACAUGGCUGCUGAGCGGCAACGCACAGACCUGGAGACGCUGCUCCACCUGCACCGCUUCUGCAAGAAGAUAACCUGGUUCCACACGGACUGUCAGGACCUGAUGAGGCAGCUCCGGCUGGGCAAGACGCAAAGGGCCAGCCCUGGAGACCAGCGCCGCCUCCACCGCUACCUGCGGCGCCUGGCGUCCGAGUUCCCGGCCGAGAAGCUCGCCGCCUUGGGGCUGCAGGUGGCCUCUCUGAGCCAGGAGGGCCCGGGCCAGGCCCUGUGGGAGGAGGCCCGGGUGAGGCACGAGGAGAUCCAGACCCUCCUGAGGAAGGCACUGGCCCACUGUCCGUGCCCAGCGGGGCCUGCCGCCCACGCGGCGCACCCGGAACUGAGAAGGGCAGCUGCCAAGGGUCAGGGUCUGAAUGCAGAUGUUGUCGCCUCUCGGGAAAGGCGGGGCCUGGUCUUCCUGGACUCAUUGGGCCCUGAUCGUUGGCCACAUUCCUGGUGGCCUCGGGCCCCUGCAGAGGGGCAGAACGGAAAUUCCCAGGCAGGCCCUCUGCCCCAGGAAGCUGAACAGGCUGUAGAGGCUGAUGAAGGCAAAGGUGCCCACGAGCCCUUCGAUCCUGCCCCCGAGCCUCUCCUCACCCACCUCUUCUCCUGGCAGCGACUCCCCAGGCAGAGUCAGAGCCCCCAUCUUGCCGGAGGCAGCUUCUGCUCAGAGGGGACAGACUCACAGAUGUCCCUGGAGGACUCACCCCAGACAAGUCCCCUUGCGUCUCUCUAGCUAGGACUCCCAGCAAUCACCCCAGGCUCCAGGGGGUGGUUAGGGAGGGGCUGGGCGACAAGAGGAAGUUGGGGAGCCCUGGCUGAGCCCCUCUGGACACGGGUCCCGGGCAGUCGCUGUGUGUUUGGCCCGCACCGGGAGAGGGCAGGAGCCUGAGCCUGCCCUGAGCCCUGGGAAGCUCCGGGAAGACCCGACUUCUGAUCAGAAUAGGGAGUACGGAGGGCAGGGCAGGACUCAGCAGACCCCGGGACUGCCUCCACCACCCCUACGUCCCAUCGUGGAACGAGUCGUCGGUACAGACCCUUCCAGAAGUCUCAGUCUUAGGCCAGCCAGACAACGGCAUGGUGCUCAGGGGUGCGCGGGCUUCCCCUUGGGGUCGUUGGUGGGGGGAUUUGGGAGUGGCUUCUUAUCCAAGACACGGAUUCGAGUGCCUGUUUGUUUGGUGGUGAAUUCACGAUCUAUCGGUGGAGGGGUGGGGGUGAG